AUGUCUGAUGAAGAUAACAAUUAUGACGACUUCAUGUUAUCGGAUGACGAAGGCAUGGAGUCAAUUGAAAUGGAGGAAGAAACCGAUGAUGAAGACAAACAAAACAUUGAAAUAAAUGAAGACAAUAGUCAGGAUGAUCAAGAUCGAGGAGCGGCACGACAUAAGCAACAUGAACAAGGCACCUUCGAGAAACAUGACAGAGUAGAAGAUAUUUGUGAAAGAAUCUUUGAGCAAGGCCAAGCUCUCAAAGAAGACGAACGAUAUAAAGAGGCUCGCGAUUUAUUUUUAAAGAUAUAUUACAAGGAAGAAUUUUCAUCUGACGAAAGUAUAGAAAGGCUCAUGACAUGGAAAUUUAAAUCACUUAUUGAGAUAUUACGUUUAAGAGCCCUACAACUCUAUUUUCAGAAAAACGGUGCACAGGAUUUAGUUCUACAAAUUUUAGAAGACACGGCAACUAUGUCGGUUUUUUUACAAAGAAUAGACUUUCAAAUUGAUGGAAAUAUAUUUGAAUUACUUUCUGAUACUUUUGAGGUAUUGGCACCCAAGUGGGAAAGAGUAUUCUUGUUCGACAUCGAGAAAGUUGAUAGGGAAAAUAUGAUCUGCAAAAUUGAUUUCCAAAAAAACUUCAUGGAUCAGUUUCAAUGGAUUUUAAGAAAGCCUGGCAAGGAUUGUAAACUCCAAAAUCUCCAGCGUAUAAUUAGAAAAAAGAUAUUUAUUGCCGUUGUUUGGUAUCAAAGGUUAACCAUGGGGAAUGUAUUCACCCCGGAAAUUUCUUCCCAAAUAGAGAUUCUUGUGAAAGAUAAUGAAUGCUCUUCUUUUGAGGAAAAUAAUGAUUUGGAAAGUGUAUCUAUGUUACUGCAGUAUUACAUAUUGGAGUAUAUGAACACUGCACGAAUAAACAAUAGAAGGUUGUUUAAGAAGUGCAUUGACUUUUUUGAAAUGUUGAUAUCUAAGUCGCUUACUUUCUCACAAGAAUCUGGACUGAUGGUAAUAUUAUAUACCUCUAAGAUUGUAUUCAUUUUAGACUCUGAUUCAGAGAAUGAUUUAUCCUUUGCGCUGAUGAGAUAUUAUGAUCGGAAAGAAGAGCUAAAAAAUAUGUUCCUCUAUAUCUUGAAACACUUGGAAGAGAUGGGAAAACUUCGGGAGAGGGAUAUUACCUCUUUGUUUCACAAGUUCAUUCUUAGCGGCUUCAUUUUCACGAGCAUGAUUCUAGAAGCAAUUAGCACAGACAAGAUUAAUCCUUUUGGUUUCGAACAAGUGAAGAUUGCGCUAGGCAGCCCUAUUGUUAACGUAUUAGAAGAUGUCUACAGGUGCUUCGCACAACUGGAACUAAGACAGCUGAAUGCAAGUAUAUCUCUUAUUCCUGAAUUGUCCGUAGUACUAAGUGGAAUUAUUCAAGAUAUUUACUAUCUGGCGCAGACAUUAAAGUUGUGGAGAAAAAUUGCACGAUUAUACUCCUGUAUCUCCAUAAGUGACAUUAUAAGUAUGCUGCAAAUAAGUGAUGACAAUGAAAUGACAAGAGAUGAUUUGCUAACAAUUUUAAUGAGGUCAAUAAUGAAAAAUAGAUCGGUUGUGUAUUUUAAGUUAGAUUUGACAAGUGAUUUAGUCUAUUUCGGAGACGAGAAUAAAGUCAUGCUACCGAGAUGUUCUAAAGAAGAAUUUCGUCUUAUGAUCUCUCCCAAGGAUGAAGAAACCACUGAAAAGGCCAGGCUAAUAGAUUUUGAGUACGUUAACGAUGUCGCGAUUUAUAAUAACCCAACAAGAAUAAGAACCAAAUCCUCUAAAGAAUUUUUCAAUACAUUAAGAAAAUCUAGGGAAACUGUAAAAUUACCGAGGGUAAGCAACCAGUCGAAUGAAGAUACUUUUCUACCAUCGUAUAUGAAGUUUUCCAACAAGUACCUCGAGCUGUGCAAACUGGCCUCUAACAAUCUGGAAUAG